AAAUGUGAAAAUGUGCUGGGAUUUUAUUUGAUUUUGUGCCACUGUGCAAAGAAGAUGUGUAGAAACUCAUUGAGAAAUAGUAUUUGUUUGAUUGAUCAACUGUGAGUUCUCGAGAGAGCUUUUUUGCAUAUUCUUCAAGUGCACUUGUCACUAUAAAAACACAAAGUGUCUCAGUGAAGCUUUCAGUCAUUUGUCCGAGAUGUUGAAAAUUAAAAAUUUGGCGGUCAUUGUAGUGUUAUUUGUGACUGUUCAGUCACAAACUGAUUACUGUGACAGAGAACUGUGCAAAUCUGGAAAUGGAGAGAUAAGACCUCAUAUUGGAUGCAACAAUGGAGGACAACUUGCAGGAAAUUGUCCAAGUGAUACUGAAAUCGUUGCAUUGACCGAGAAGCAGAAGAAUCUCUUCCUGAAGAUUCACAAUCGUCUUCGAGACAGAUUUGCUCGUGGUGCAAUCAAACCAUUUAAACCGGCCGCAAAGAUGCCAAUGCUUAAAUGGAACGACGAAUUAGCCAAACUGGCAGAGUUUAAUGUGAAAACUUGCAAAUUUGCGCAUGAUAAAUGUCGUUCAACUGAAAUUUGUCGCUAUGCUGGCCAGAACUUGGGACAAAUGCAGUCUUAUCCCAAUUUUUUGGACAUCAACGUCGCGAUUAAGAAUAUCACGAGGGAGUGGUUCCGUGAGUACAAGGACGCAACGCAAGCUAAUACCAAUAAGUUUACCUCAGGAAGUAACAAAGGCAAACAAAUAGGACAUUUUACUGCUUUUAUCCAUGAGAAGAGUGAUAAAGUUGGUUGCGCCGUCGCCAAAUUCACAAAUGAUCACAGUUUCAAGGAAUAUCUCAUUGCAUGCAACUACUGUUACACGAAUAUGAUGAAUGAGCCAAUCUAUACCAAGGGAAAGCCAUGUUCUCAGUGCCGAAAGAAGCAAUGUGGAUUAGUCUACAAGAAUCUCUGCCCUGAAGAUGAAGAAGUUGAUACAACUCCGGAAGUCCUGAAGAAACAUAGAAGAGGAGACCAAUAAUUCAGAUGAUUUUGCUAAUAAAAAUGCAUAGAAUAUAUUGUUGUUCCCUUCUGUUGGUAAAUUGUCUAGAAAUACAAGUGUAAAAACUGAUAAGAUGAUGAAAUAAGAGAUAAAGUAAAGAAUGAAAUAUCUGAAAA